CGUCUUUUAUCAUCAUCAUCAUCAUCAAAACAUCUUACAAUGAAUACCACCAGUUUCAAUCGUUUAAUGCUUGGAAAUCGUCGUCGAACAAAACGACAAUUCUUCUUGAUCAAUGUUAAAAAAAUGACAAUGAAAUCGGCAAAUAUAAUUGUUAAACAAGAUUAUUAUGUUAUCAUAUCGAUGUCUAAACGUCGUAUUCGUAUACCAUUGAUAAAAAUCAAAGAAAUACGUAUCGGACAAAUGACAGAUACAUGGAUUGAAUUUGUAACGAAAUUAAAAAAUAAAUCGAAUAAAUCUAAUUAUGAUCAUAAAAUGAUCAAAUUAUUAGAUGAUAAAAAUUUACAAUCAUUUUCAUUGAUUAUCAAGCGAGAUGAUCAUCCAUUAUUAUGUUAUAGUUGGGAUUUUUGUACGAAAAAUAUUGAUCUUUUUAAACAGCUUAUAAUGACUGAAAUGCAAGAAAAAAUUAACGAAUUGAAUCAUCUGAAUAGUUUUGAAACGCAUCAGGAAAUGUUGGAAUUUCUGUAUCGAAAAUAUCUUCUGAAAGAAGGUAAAGAUGUAAAACAUUUGUUUUGUAAGCAAACAAAAACUGUAAAUGAUGAAGAAAAUAUUAUUGUUACCGAUUAUCAUCGAUUACAACGAAGAUUUCAGAAAUUUCUUCAUAAUUUAAAUCUAACACUUGAUAGGCGUUAUUUUCAGUUAAUUAUGGAAAUGAAUGAUCAAUUAAAAUUGAAAAAUAAAUUUGAAUUA